UUUGCAUUGCCUAUUUUUUAUAAAUAUCUCACCAGUGAGAAUGAUCUCACCGAUCCGUGAUAUCUGAACGAAUAACAACAACCAUUAUCCCACGAGUUAUGCAUUUUCUGGAUGCACAUUCUCCAGACGGAUAUCCCAAAGGGAUCUGACAUUGGUGGUGAUGACCACGGAACCAAAAAUGAGCAGCUCUGAAGAGGUUUCUUGGAUCUCAUGGUUCUGCGGCCUGCGUGGAAAUGAAUUCUUCUGUGAAGUCGAUGAGGAUUACAUCCAGGACAAAUUCAAUUUAACUGGUUUAAAUGAGCAAGUUCCCCACUAUCGUCAAGCCCUGGACAUGAUCUUGGAUUUAGAACCAGAUGAUGACCUGGACGAUAAUCCAAACCAGUCAGACCUCAUCGAGCAAGCUGCUGAGAUGUUAUAUGGAUUGAUCCACGCCCGAUAUAUCCUGACAAAUCGUGGAAUUGCCCAGAUGAUAGAAAAAUAUCAGGCUGGGGACUUUGGCCACUGCCCCAGGGUCUACUGUGAAUCCCAACAGAUGUUACCACUUGGGCUGAGUGAUGUACCUGGUGAGGCCAUGGUCAAGAGCUACUGCCCCAAGUGCAUGGACGUUUAUACACCCAAAAGUUCAAGGCACCAUCACAAUGAUGGAGCCUACUUUGGCACUGGUUUUCCACAUAUGCUCUUCAUGGUUCAUCCAGAGUAUCGACCCAAACGACCUACUAAUCAAUUUGUACCCAGAUUAUACGGAUUCAAAAUUCACCCAGUAGCCUAUCAGAUGCAACAGCAAUCAGCAGCCACAUUCAAGGCACCGCUUCGUACUCUCUACAACAAUGGCAAACGUUAAACUAUCAACCUUCCGCAACGAUUAAAUAAAAACAAUUUCAUACAAACAACAUUAUUAUACGUGAGAAAGAAAUAACAACUCAGCUAGUGAUCUAAGUUAAUUUCAUCGUUUAUAAUUGUUUCUUUCUCGUCAUUAUCAAAACUUUGCAGUGUACGACUGCUUGUUACGUUAGAUUUAUCCGGUAUUAUUUUUGUUGAAGAGAUCACUAUUUGUUCCGGUGAGUUGCAGUCGGGGUGGCCAACUAGUUGUGGACAAAGUAAAGACGUUGAGAAAGUCGGUUGGAAUUGUAACGUAAUUAUUCACUCAAUGCCAGUGUAAGAGAAUUAUGUUAGAAUAAAUUGAGACGAGUGUGAAACUGAUGGGACAUCGGAGACUUCUGUAUUCAAUGAACAUUUUGGUAAAAAGUUAACUGAAUAUCCUAUACAAAAUUUAUCAUAACUAAUUGUGUAUAAAGUAGAAUGUGAAUUUAGUAUAAAAAAUUAUGAAUUUAAAGUGUAAAAUUGUAUUUGCUUAGAAUCCAUCUACCCAUGAAUUUUAGUAAAUUUUAUCGAUACACCAG